AUGUUGAAGGUGUCACUUACGUUAUUUCUAUUAUUGAAAUUCGCUGCUGCUUCCAGCCAAGAUGGAGACAUCCUUGCCCAACAACAAAAACAAGCGAAGCCAGAGCUGAAUGCAUAUCUAAGCCCGGAUGUCGGGUCACAACUACCGAUGUUUUCCGGGGAAAACGACAAAGUUUUUCAGGGCGAUCUUUCGAAUCAGCAACUGAAGCCCGAAUUCGAGGGCUACCUUAAGUCGUUCGAAGGACCGAUGAUUCCGAGCCCUCCGGAGCCGCUGGAGGCUGCCUCGAGUGAAGAAAAUACGCCAAAGGAUUUCGUCGAUAAAAAUUCAAAGCCAUUGCCGUUUUCGAAAGAGCUGUCCUCAUUGGAGAUGUCGGCUUCGUUGGACAGCGACUGGGAUGGUGACGAAGAUGAUUCAUUUGAUAGUCGCGAAAACCUAAUCAACCAGAAACUGUCCGGUUGGGAUUUGGAAGACUCCGAUGAGGACAGCAGCUACGACAGCGACGAUGACGAGUACUACAUUGAUUAUUUUGACAACUUCCUCGGCAUGGUCUACGACCCGGAAGCCGCACUCGACCGACAGGCCGUCGAUCAGGCAAUGAUCAACGCGGCAGCAAAGCCAGCCCAACAGCAAAGCCUCGUCAUCGUGCAUGAGACGGUCAAUGUCGGAAAGAUUGAGGUCAACCAGGCCCCUAGACUUGGAGAUGCGCCUCCGUUGGCUGAUCAGGGUAUUGUCAUCCUUGAGCCCGUGGUCAUGCCGGAAGCAGCACAGCCUCCCAGGCAUGAAAAGAGCGAACGGGACGCUUCUUCUGACAAAUCGAGCAUCGAGAAAAUGGAGAAGGCGGUGCGAGUUCCGCAGAUCCAGCCCGGCCGUUUCGAACAUCCUAAUGGUGGCAAAAGCGCAUCGACUGAAGAGCCAAUAAUUUCCAUUCACGAGGACGAGAACCUUGAUCCGCUUCUUGGAGAUGAUAUCCUGAAGGACGAGCCGCGCUACGGCUUCACGCGCUAUAUCCGUCGUCCCCCAGGGGUGGUCGACGUCUGCAUCGUGAUCGUCACCGUGAUUCUGUUGAUGUAUCUGUUGCGCACGCUCUUCCAAUUCCUGCGCUCCAUUUUCCGCACCACCAUCCAACAAGCUGACGUUCAGUCACACGACGUCGAGCAAGGAGAGAAGCCGAUCAAAGACCCCAAGCUCGAGAUGGCU